AUGCAGCAAUUACCUGCAUCUUCAUCAAAAAAUGAAGAUAUAGCUUCCUCCUCUUCUAAUAAAAAUACAUCCUACAAGGAAGUUGCGGUUAGUAACCCAUCUCAAGAACAAGUGGAUUAUUUUGAAAAUCCAAUAACUGAAAAAAUCAUGUAUAUUGAUAAAGAAGAUAUUAAGAUAAAUCCAAAUGAUGGAUGGUCUAUCAAAACCAGAUACCACGAAUCAAGAGGAUAUCCAGGUCUUCAUGGAAAAUCUAGGCCUCACCUAGAGAUUCUUUUGACUAUUACCGAAUCGGUAACAAUUACUCACCACUACCAGAACAAUAAUCUUGAAAGUUUUAUAAACUUCAGUAAAUGCCAUAUUAAUAAAAUCUUGUUACCAAGAGAAUGGGGUCUUAACCCAAACGGUGAAAAUGCAAUAAGGAUUGUUGAAGGAAAUUAUAUCUACUUUAAUUACUGGGACUAUGUCCAAACUUUUACUCAAACUUUUUAUUACCAAAAUCCUAAGAACAAGCAUUCUUGGUUUUUCUCUAUUAAUCCAGAAAUGAUUAAUAAACUCAUACCAAAUUGGUUUUACGAAUGGUGGACUAAAUUUGGUCCGUCUUUGGAAAUAUUACCCAAAGAAUUACUUGAUUUAUACAAUCCCUGGUGUGAUAAUAGUCCACUUAUUAUAAAUAUUUUAUCUGAUAAUUUAAUCACAGGACAAUGUCCGUUUUGGUUCUUUACCAAAUUUCAGAUCCCAUGGAUAUGGAGACAGUCUAUCACCAUAUCUCAAGAUAAAUUCAACAUACCCAUUUUAGAAAGAAAUUUCUUCUAUAAAUGGUGGAACAAGAUGAGUUCUGAAGAAAUCCAUAAUAAAAUUAUUCUGAUUCAAGCAACUAUAGCUGAAGACCAAAAUAAAAAAUUCAAAGAGCAAAGCUCCCAACAAAUGUCUAUGGGAAAUUUAAAGAACUUCUUUCAAAAAAAAUAUCCAAAUGAAUCAGAAGAAAUUAUGGUUAGGACUCUGGAUCAUAUGAAGAACCAAUUCUUCUCCACUUUUCCAACUAAAACAUCAAAAGAUGAGAAUUCAUCUAUGAAGACUAGCUCUUCUAUGGGAUCAAUUGAUUCCAACAACUUUGAUUGUUUAGUAGGAGAAGCCCAAGCGAAUGACCCCACUCCUGAAGAUUUCUGGGAUGCGAUGAUUCAAUCCAUGGCUCAUAAAGCAAAAGACAAAGCAAAGAGAUAA